UGGACCGAAAUAAUGGUUUCUGUGAAACCAGAGAAGAGUGUUGGAAGGAUCCAAAAGCUGACAAUACAGAAGGAAUGCACAGCUUUUCUUCCUUGCAGUUACCUGGAGAAAGGUUCGGUUGUUCACAGAAAUUGCUCCUAAUCUUAAGAGGCCUACCUGGUUCAGGGAAAUCAACACUUUCUCGUAUUCUGCUUGGUCAAAGUCGUGACGGCAUUGUAUUCAGCACUGAUGAUUAUUUUCGUCAACAAGAUGGAUAUACGUAUAAUGCUGCUCAGCUUGGUGAUGCCCAUGACUGGAAUCAGAAGAGAGCAAAGCAAGCAAUGGAGCAGGGAAAAUCUCCGGUUAUAAUAGACAACACUAAUACUCAAGCGUGGGAAAUGAAGCCAUAUGUGGAAGUGGCUCUAGAAAAGGGAUACAGAGUGGAGUUCCAUGAGCCAGAUACUUGGUGGAAGUUUGAUCCUGAAGAAUUAGAAAAGAGGAAUAAACAUGGGGUCACUCGUGAGAAGAUUGCUCAGAUGUUGGAACGAUAUGAAUAUCAAAUAUCCAUACCUAUUGUCAUGAAUUCAGUGGUACCUCCCCACAAAAACACUCAAAGGCCACCUCUGCAGCGAAGACAUAGGGAGACGUUUUUAAAGAAGAACCCUGGGCACCUGUUGACAAAAGCAAAGCAGAGGAAAAAGCGAAGAAGAAACAAAAAAAUGAAAGGCAAUCAUACAGAAAUGAUGAAGAAGAAGUUAGGCAGAGCAGCUCAUCAUCCAGUUCCAGAUGACCAGGACACAUCAGAAAGUGAAGAGGAUGAUUCAGAAGAAGAAAACAGCAAAUCAUUGUGUACAUUCAGUGAAGGUCCAGAGGAUCCAGUAACAGUUUGUGAAGAGCAGCCUAAUGGUGAUGAUGAAAGCCUAAAAGAAGCUGCAGUGGUUUCAAGAGAAACGUUUCCCGUUGCUGUGUCUGAGGUCUCAACGAUGUUGAACAGUGCAUUGAAAAAUGAAUUGCCUGUAGAAAGCGACAGUUCACUUCUGAUAGAUGUAAAACCUUUUUCUACUGAAGACCUAACCAAAAAUGCAUUUGAUGAUGAGGAAACAAAUGAAAGGCACAAAGAAAAUCUUUGCAGAAGCAGUUUCCUAAAAAUAAGCAAUGAUAAAAAUUCCAUCCAGGAAACAGAAGGCAUCUCUGGAGAUUAUAACACGCCACUGUUAAGCAUGGAAAACAAACUUGGAUCAUAUCAAAUUACAUGUGAACCUGACAUGGAAGCUAAGCUGUUAAGUUUAAAUGGUGAAGAAAAAGAAAUCUCUCAGUGUUACAAUUCAAUCCCACGUGUUAACGUGCGUGAUAAUAACACGGAGGACAAAGGUGCAUUAAAAGCAGAAGAGAAUAGCUCCAAUGCCUGGGCUUUUUUUUCAAUUAGUUUACCUACUGAGGAAUUGCAGCUGGACUUUGAUACACAAGUUUCUCUCUCUUCUUGGUCUGAGGAUAAAUUUGUAAGUGAACAAAGACCCCCAAAAAUAAGGAAACCUAAACAGACUCAUAUGAACAGUUCAACACAGCUAAAUUGCUAUCGGUCAAAUGAAGGAUUGGUAAAGGAAAACCAUCAGGUAACAGUAACUGAGGAAGCUGGUCAUAUAAUAAGCGAUGGUCUAUCGGCAUCUCCAGCUGGUGAAGUGCACCUUGAUUCCCUUGUGGAAGCCAGGGCCACCUUCGUGCAGUGUUCGAGUGAAGUAAAUGUUCCAAGAAAUGAUGCUGCACCAAUUACAUCAAAGAGGAAAAGGUACAGAAGAAUUGUCAACUUGGCACCGAAGUUUAAUCUACCACGACAGAUUGCUGGUAGUACAGAGGGAGGAAAGGAAGUCCCAAGAAAAGAUGAUGUUCCCCCAAAAAGUGUUUUAGAAGUGGAGCAAAAGAGUUUUCUAAGCAAGGACUGUGGAGAGGAAUGUGAGCAGAACCGUGCAUUGCAGGAAUAUUCUGCACCUUACAGUGGCACCGAGGCAACCUAUUCCUUACCCACCCCGGAUGCAGAUGCUCUGUUACAUGAUACUUCUUACAUUCAUUCGGGACAAUCUUCUCCUAUGCCAAAAUAUUCCUGCAGGGUUUGUGUCGUUUCCAGGACGAAGGAGGAGCAAGCUAGAACUCUUAAGCAACAACAGGUAGUUGAUAAAAAAGAGGGCGAGAGUGAACAAGUUUCUUCAGAGGUUACAAAUAGCCAACCAGAUAUUUUGUCUUCUGUUAAAGUUGUUUCUGAAUAUCCAGAAGAUUCUAGUAUAUUGACAAGCUGCGGUGAAAAUGUGCACGAAGCAGAUGACCCUGAGCCAGCAGAGGCCUCACAACAUGAAGAUAAUCCAGAUGUGAAUAAGAAAUAUAGUUUUCUGGGACUUCCCUUAUCAUUAGGAUUUGCUUUUCAACUUGUGCAGCUCUUUGGUUCUCCAGGUCUUCCACUGGAGUCCUUGUUGCCAGAUGAUUAUAUAGUUCCUCUUGACUGGAAAGUUUCAAAGAUGAUCUAUUUACUGUGGAAGACCUCUGUGGAGGAGAAACAAAAAACAAAUGGAUUGCCGAAUGGAAAUGCCUUGGCUGAUGAUAGUAUUAAUUUUGAAGAUCUAAAUAAAAAUGUCCAAGAGAACCAAGACUCUUCUGAAACACUUCCAGAAAUGGAGCUGUUUCAAGGGGUGAGAGAGGAGAACAUCAUGACCUAUGCUAGUGCUGGCUGUCUGGAUGCUGAGUUUCAUCAGUCAUGAUUGACCAUCUUAAGUUCUGCAUGAAGGAAAAGAAACUUCUCACUUUGAUUCCACCAUGGAAGGACUUCAGCUGGCCACCAAUGAUUUGAAACCUGAGGAAUAACCUGGAAGAAAGUAACCACUGUAGAUUUUUGGUGUGAAUCUUCGGCCAUCUUUCCCCCCACAGCCCCCCAAUAUCAGCCUCU